UCAGCUUGCAAGGAAAGUGAAAGAUGAAGCCGCCAUCUCUUUUGGUUCUUGUGGUCUGCUCUGUAGUCAGCACAAAUCUGAAGAUGGUGUCAAAGAGAAAUUCUGUGGAUGGCUGCAUUGACUGGUCAGUGGAUCUCAAGACAUACAUGGCAUUGGCAGGUGAACCAGUCCGAGUGAAAUGUGCUCUUUUCUACAGUUAUAUUCGCACCAACUAUAGCAUGGCUCAGAGCACUGGGCUCAGGCUCAUGUGGUACAAAAACAAAGGUGAUUUGGAAGAGCCCAUCAUCUUUUCAGAGGUCAGGAUGAGCAAAGAAGAAGACUCAAUAUGGUUUCAUUCAGCUGAGGCACAAGACAGUGGAUUCUACACUUGUGUUUUACGAAACUCAACAUAUUGCAUGAAGGUAUCAAUGUCCUUGACAGUGGCAGAGAAUGAAUCAGGCCUGUGCUACAACAGCAGGAUCCGCUAUUUAGAAAAAUCUGAAAUCACUAAAAGAAAGGAGAUCUCCUGCCCAGACAUGGAUGACUUUAAAAAUUCCGAUCAGGAGCCUGAUGUUGUGUGGUACAAGGAAUGCAAGCCAAAAAUGUGGAGAAGCAUAAUAAUACAGAAAGGAAAUGCUCUUCUAAUCCAGGAAGUUCAAGAAGAAGAUGGAGGAAAUUAUACGUGUGAGCUUAAGUAUGAAGGAAAACUAGUAAGAAGAACAACUGAAUUGAAAGUUACAGCUUUACUCACAGACAAGCCUCCCAAGCCAUUGUUCCCCAUGGAGAAUCAGCCAAGUGUUAUAGAUGUCCAGCUGGGUAAGCCCCUGAACAUACCUUGCAAAGCAUUCUUCGGAUUCAGUGGAGAGUCUGGACCAAUGAUCUACUGGAUGAAAGGGGAGAAGUUUAUUGAAGAACUGGCAGGUCACAUUAGAGAAGGUGAAAUAAGGCUUCUCAAAGAGCAUCUUGGAGAAAAAGAAGUUGAGUUGGCACUCAUCUUUGACUCAGUGGUGGAAGCUGACCUGGCGAAUUAUACCUGCCAUGUAGAAAACCGAAAUGGAAGGAAACAUGCCAGUGUUCUGCUCCGUAAAAAAGAUUUAAUCUACAAAAUCGAGCUUGCAGGAGGCCUGGGAGCAAUCUUCCUCCUCCUUGUAUUGUUAGUGGUCAUCUACAAAUGCUACAACAUUGAAUUGAUGCUCUUCUACCGGCAGCAUUUUGGAGGUGAUGAAACUACUGAUGACAACAAGGAAUAUGAUGCCUAUCUCUCUUACACAAAAGUGGACCAAGAUACUUUAGACUGUGACAAUCCUGAAGAAGAGCAUUUUGCUCUUGAAAUACUGCCAGAUGUCCUAGAAAAACACUAUGGAUAUAAACUCUUCAUCCCUGAAAGAGACCUGAUUCCAAGUGGAACAUACAUUGAAGAUCUCACAAGAUGUGUUGAGCAAAGCAGAAGACUUAUUAUCUUGCUAACUCCAGACUAUAUUCUCAGACGGGGAUGGAGUGUUUUCGAAUUGGAUAGCAGACUCCAUAACAUGCUAGUCAGUGGAGAAAUCAAAGUGAUUUUGAUUGAGUGUACAGAAUUAAAAGGGAAGGUGAACUGCCAGGAAGUGGAAUCACUAAAGCGCAGCAUCAAACUUCUGUCCCUGAUCAAGUGGAAGGGACCCAAAAGCAGCAAAUUAAAUUCUAAGUUUUGGAAGCAUUUAGUAUAUGAAAUGCCCAUCAAGAAAAAGGAAAUGCUAUCUAGAUGCCAUGUUCUGGACUCUGCAGAACAAGGACUUUUUGGAGAACUGCAACCUAUACCCUCUGUUGCAAUGACCGGUACUUCGGCCACUCUGGUGUCGUCUCAAGCUGAUCUCCCUGAUUUCCACCAUUCAGAUUCAAUGCAAAUGAGGCACUGUUGCAGAGGUUAUAAACAUGAGAUACCAACAACCACCUUUUCUGUACCUUCCUUAGGCAAUCACCAUACCUAUUGUAAUCUUCCACUCACGCUACUCAAUGGACAACUACCCCUUAAUAAUACCCUGAAAGAUGCCCAAGAAUUUCAUAGGAACAGUUCUCUGCUACCUUUAUCAUCCAAAGAGCUUAGCUUCACCAGUGAUAUUUGGUAGUAAUAGUCCGGAAUCUUCUGAAAAACAAUGUAAGCAUACAUAAUUUCUGCCAAACCAAUCAUAAAGUACACCUAAUAUCGCUAAGGUGCUGAAAAAAUAUUUGAAGAAAAGACACAGAAAUUGUUUUUGUACUUAAAUAUUUUUGUUUAUAUUUCCAGAAUAAUGGGGG